GGGCAGAGCAGGUAGAAGGGCAUAGGCAGAGGAAGAGGAAGGGGUACUGGCAGGCCUCCAGAGGUGCGCGAGCAAGGCCUCCAGAGAGGCCGUAGCCGUUUCGGUGCAAGAUCGUGCGAGCAGGUGCACGAGCCGCAGCCUCUGGUCAGGUCCACGUGUCCCCGCCCGCUGCCCUGUAUACGCGAUGACGUCCAGCGAUGAGCGCAAGCAGCGGAAGCAGAACAUGUCGCCGUGCGUCGCCUGCUGCUGCUGUGAGGCGUCCUGCACCGCCAGCUAGAUCAUGAGCUCGCCGCUCAUGGGCUCGUUCAAAGCCAUGUGCUGCGCCGGCUCCCGUGCACUCGAGUGCUGCUGCAUCAGCUACGAGCCAGACCCCUGCUGGUCGGAUGAGCGCGGCAUCUGCGAGAUCGCGAGCACGCUCCUCUGCUGCUAUACGGAGGUGCAGUUCCCCCUGGGCAGCGGCAUCGGCUGCGGCUGCUGCGGCGUUGCCCUGUGCCGCAAGAGUGACGACGCGCCUCCAGCCGAAGAGUGAGGGGCACCCGUGGCUCGGGGCACUUGCUGCCCAGGCGUUGCCAGGGGUGGCCCUGGCCCGAGCCGAGGCGCCCCCCUGCCUUUUGUGCCAUCUUGGAGGCCCUGGGGCCUUCGUGGCCCCGCGAGGGGUGCUCUGGGUGCCAUCUGGGCCUCCCUGGGGAUCCUCUGGGUACACCUGGGUUGGGCCAGUGGCCCCUUUGGCAAUUGGUGCGCACGUUUGUGACUCCCCUCAAGUCAUUUCGGCUCAAGAUUCGCCGCGAGGAGGGCGAGCGCAUUCCCAAUCCACAGCUUCUGGUCAGGGCCACACUUCGCCACCAGUUGUUCUGCGCGCGAUGACGUCCACCGAUGAGCUCAAGGAGCUGAAGCAGAACAUGUCGCCGUGCGUCGCCUGCUGCUGCUACGAGCUGUCCUGCACCGCCAGCCAGGCGAUGACUCCGCCGCUCAUGGGCACCUUCAAGGUCUGCUGCUGCGCGGGAUCUGUCGCGCUCGAGUGCUGCUGCAUCAGCUGCGAGCCAGACCCCUGCUGGUCCGAGGAGCGCGGCAUCUGCGAAGUUGCCAGCAAGCUCCUCUGCUGCUACACGGAGGUGCAAUUCCCACCCGGCAAGGACAUCGGCUGCGGCUGCUGCGGCGUUGCAUUCUGUCGCUCGAGCGACGACGCACCUCCGGCCGAGGAGUGAGGGGCACCCGUUCGGGGCGCGUGUCACGCGCACACAUCAGUUUAUACGAUUUAGGCAUCUUCAGUGUUUCGCCGGCAAGUGCAAACAUGCGGCGCAGUGAACAAUAUGUUGCCAUUGUUGUGGGGAUGACGGGCUCUGCUGAACACUGUCUGCAGCAAAGAUGCCUGUCUGUGAGAGAACAACAGACAGCUUUUGUGACUACCCUCGGCGUUUUCCCCGGUUGGCGCCGAGAGGAGUGGCCAAGUAUCUUCGGGCUCCGCUGAACACGGUCUGCGGCAAAGGCGCCCGCGUGCGAUUGAGAAAAGGCG